AUGUCCAGUACCACCAACACAGGCAUGUCUCCCAAGACUGCACGCCAUGUAUUUUUGACAUCCUCUCGCACUGCAUCCCAUCUUCUGUUACGCAUCCUCAACAUUGAAGCUCAGAACGCACAAGAUACAGACAAGAAUGGAUAUUUCUGGCUUUCAGCGAUGUACAUGCGCAACGACCUGAACAGUCGCCCCAUGUGUAAAUGGUCGUCUAAAGAGAAAAAGAGCAUCGACGACAUGGAGCAGCAGUGUUUCAACAACCUUCUGGGCUACAUCAAUAGUGCAGAAGAGGCAGGAAAGAUCGUUAUGUUCAAGGAGCAUGCCAUGUUGCUAAACGACCCUUCCAUCGAAACUCGAUUUAUCCAUGGAGAAAGCGCUGCCGUUGGCGUGCCUAAGUCUCUAGAGGGUUACUCAGAUGGAAUCUCGAGCUUCAGGUCGCCGCUAAACAAAACCAUACUUUCUAAUGAGUUUCUCAAAACCUUGAAGCCAACCUUUCUCAUUGGACACCCAGCCUCAACAAUCCCUUCUCUCUUCCGUGCAAUUCGACAUGAGGGUUUCGAUCGAGCGGUUAAAGAGCUCGAACCCGUUGAGAGAUCUCUGUACUGGCAGAGGAAGCUGCUUGAGUUCUAUGAAGAGUCCUACAAGGAAGGAGGAAUCGAUAAACCGAUUGUGUUGGACGCUGACGAUAUGAUGACAUCUCAAGAGCUGAUGUUGAAGUACGCCAAGGAAGUUGUCAACAGCAUGCCAUCGUUCGUGCAGCAUAUGCUAGGAUCAUUGAACUCUAGCGAAAAGAUUGAUCUCACCAAGGUUGUAGGAGACGUCGAUAUAUCGGAGGAGGCGGUGAAGUGGAAGGCUGAGUUCGGGGAUGAACAUGCGAGAAAGCUGGAGACCUAUGUUCGUGAGGCCAUGGACGAUUAUGAGUAUAUGAGAUCGAAGAGGCUUACGCUUUAG